AACAAUGUUACCAUGGAAACCAUAAGAGCAUCUGUCAAAUGUAAAUAUUAUGACAAAGAUAAUCUGAAGAGGCAGCUCAAAGAAAUUGACUGAAAUGGAGAAACUUUGCCAGGAAGAGAAGGCAUCACUGGAAGAGAACCAAACCUGCACAAACCCAGGAGAACAUGAUGAUGAAGCCUCAGUUGGUCCCAGUGAUGGACAGCAGGUUCAGCCCAGCCAGAGGCUGCAGAAACAACACCGUUGUGACACGUGUCUGAAACAUUUCAGAUGGAAGACGAAUCUGAAAAUUCAUCAACGCAUUCACACUGGAGAGAAGCCCUAUCUCUGUGACCAGUGUGGAAAGACUUUCAUUCAGAAGGGUAAUUUUGACCGCCAUCAGCGAAUCCACACUGGUGAAAAGCCUUACAGCUGCAGUCAGUGUGAGAAGACAUUCACAGACUCCUCAGGCCUGAAGCAUCAUCAGCGAAUCCACACUGGUGAAAAGUGCUAUCUCUGUGACCAGUGUGGAAAGACUUUCAUUCAGAAGGGUCAUUUAGACAGCCAUCAGCGAAUCCACACUGGUGAAAAGCCUUACAGCUGCAGUCAGUGUGAGAAGACAUUCACAGACUCCUCAGGCCUGAAGCAUCAUCAGCGAAUCCACACUGGUGAAAAGCGCUAUCUCUGUGACCAGUGUGGAAAGACUUUCAUUCAGAAGGGUCAUUUAGACAGCCAUCAGCGAAUCCACACUGGUGAAAAGCCCUAUCUCUGUGACCAAUGUGGAAAGACUUUCACGCAGAAGUGUUCUUUUAACACCCAUCAGCGAAUCCACUCUGGUGAAAAGCCCUAUCUCUGUGACCAGUGUGGAAAGACUUUCAUUCAGAAGGGUCAUUUAGACAGCCAUCAGCGAAUCCACACUGGUGAAAAGCCUUACAGCUGCAGUCAGUGUGAGAAGAGAUUCAAACGUUCCUCACAUCUGACGCGUCAUCAGCGAAUCCACACUGGAGAAAAAGCCUGAUCCACAUAAGACAGCAGUAACAUCUGGAAUGUGAGGGAACUUCUUUCUCUCCUCAUUUCUUCUAUCGCUACGGCGACAACAGUCGGUGCUGUCAGUAACAUUUAUAUCAAUAA